ACCUUCAAUCUAAAUUACAAGGUCAAGCACGGGUGUGGUUUAACCGCUUGGAUUCCUAUAACUAUUCAUGGGACGAGUGGAAAAACCUACUCACAAGAGCUUUUCCCCGUCACCACGAUUAUGCAACUCUAUUGGAGGAAUUAAUGAACCGUAAGAAAUUACCUAACGAAUCUAUGACGAAGUAUUUUCAAGAAAAGUUAGCCAUGUGUUACAGAUGCCAGCUAAGUGAUAAGGCUGCUGUUUCGUGUAUUAUUAGAGGGCUACCACACGAGUUGCAUGCUAACGCUCAGGCAUACCAGUGCUCGAGUCCCGACGAGUUGUACGAGGGAUUUUUGUCAGCCGUCGAUAACUACCAAAUGACGCAGGUAACCAAGAGUUUAGUGAGUAACAGGAACAUAACAUCUCGGCCGAUGGAAGCAUCUGGUAGUAAAAAUUCUCGUCAACAACCUAUAUGCUAUCGAUGCAAUGAAGUUGGACACAUUGCUCCUGAGUGUAGCGCACCGGAUAAACGUAAGUGUUAUAGAUGUGGGAAGCAAGGCCAUGUUGCCACGAAUUGUAAACAGGAACCUGUGCCAAAUGCAAGCAAUAAAAGUCACGAAAAGAAGGUGCAAGUUUUGUUGAAUCUAAACGACAAUUAUAAGAAGAGGGUAAAAGUAAAUGGAGUUCUUGUUAAAUCUUUUAUCGAUACCGGAAGUGAAUUAAAUGUGAUUACGAAGACUGCUGCAGAUGCAAUCAAUUUACAAAUGGAACCAUCCAAUACCAUGUUAAAAGGAUUUGCAGGUUCGGCCGUUAAAGCUGACGGCUUAGUACAUUUUGAUUUGAAUGUUGAUGACAUCCAAUUACGUACGACUGCAGUUGUCACACGAGAAAAUUUAGGAGACAUAGCAUUAUUAAUUGGACAGCCAGUCAUAAAUAAUGAAAAAGUUGUUUUGAGUGUAUCAAAAGAUGGUGCAUUUUUCAAAAAGGUAACGGUUACUAAUUUAAAUCUUAUCGACACAAUUGAAGAAGCGUUAUGUUUUAGAGUUUUAGUAGCCGAAGAUACUGAAGUCCCGAUCGGAAGCAGCCUCGUGAGUGUGUACGUAGCCAAUCCACCUCCUGGAUAUUUGAGCACAAAACCGAGACAAUACAGCUUAAGUGGAGUCGUGUAUGCUCUUGGACGUGGAAUUUUACGGGAAGGCAAGGGCUACAUCAAAGUCUGUAACAUCGGGGCUCAGCCGAUAAUGUGGAAAAAGGAUGAGACUAUAACGAGAGCGGAGAGGUGCGACAUUGUGCCAGAGGAUGGCCGACUGUAACGGGCGGAGUGGAGUGGUGCGAUAAUCGGAGGAGGGGUGAAGGGUGCAACAGAGGAGACUGGCGGGAGAGGCGAGGAGAGGAGAGGGGAUGAUAUAAAAUGGCG